AUGAAAACAUCUCCAGAUGAGCUAAGAACGCGCUCAAAGGACAAGGAGAAGGCGAGCAGGGCACAACAGCAAGCUAACGACCCCCAGCACCUCCCUGAACAACCUCUCUUCUGGAGGAAAUGCAACCAGUACCUGCACCAGGAGGAAGCCUUGUACAUGGAGAAAAUGCGGUCGCGCUUAAACUCUGCCCUUGCCAAGAAGCGAGCUCAGGUGCAGCGAACGCAGUGGGGCAUGUUAGACAAGGUCAGAGUCCCCAAGCUCAAACUGCCGGCGAUCACGUCGCCGCAUGAGAGGAGGAGGGCGAUGACAACGAGGGAAACAAGCGGCAUGAGCGUCCAGCAGGAGAUGUCGGAGCUGUCACUGCGCAACGCCAUCACCUACCGGGAGCAUCGGCAUGAACUGCUGGAGCACACCGAGCGCUUCUCUCGCGAGCAGCAGCUGAAGCCCUACAUAGUGCGAUCCGACACUGCCAGGAUGAGCCUGACGCGGAGGGAGCAGGAGGAGAGGAUGGAAACCGUCAAGGCGGAGAUGCGGAAGGAGCGCCUGCUGCUCCAGCAGCUGAACCACUCGAUCCGAUGUCAGCUGAGAAGAGUCGAAGUUGACAAGCCGUUGCCUGAUCGCUCCUUGCUCGUCAAGGAGAUUCAGAGCAAGAUAGCAAACAUCAAGUCCGACGUGAGCUUGCUGGAGGAAUCUAACCGAACAUACUUGUCUCAUGAUUUGUCACCCACGAAAGAUUUCGUGAGAGCGAACAAGCACGAGCUUUUGACGGGCAGAUCCUCUUACAAGGGCGGGAGACUCUUGCGGCAGAACCUCGAGCGGGUCGAGAAGAUGGAGAACGCUCUGCAAAGGAGGGCAGAGGACAUGUUGAACAAGUGCGAGAGCAUGGAGGGUGUGAUUCUCCGGCGGCAGAAGCGGCAGAUCCAGUUCAACUAUGAGAGCGCUGCUGAGAGGAAGAGGACAGCGCAGAGAGAAUGGCUGGCCAUCCUUGCAUGUUUAGCUCGCUUGCUGGAGAUGAAGCGGGGGUACUUGCUCAAGCAAGAGAUCAGGUCGCGGCAAGUUGACAUCAUCGCCAAGUGCUGGCGGAAGUUCCUAGCGAGAAAGCGCAAGAGGCAGCUCGCUGCUCUUGAGCGGCUGAGCAGGUGGGGGCGGCAAGUGAUAUCGAGAUGGCGGCAGAGGAAGCACGGGAGGCGAGUGAAACUCAUCGUGUCCUUCCUGAGAGAUCUCGAGCGGGUCUCCUUCAUCCGUGAGCACAUCCGCUCCUACCGCAGGAAGGUUGUGCUGCUGCAGCGUCAGAUACGGCUGUACCUCCAACGAGCCAGAGUAUCGAGGAGAAGGCUCAACGUGAUCUUCGAGAAGGUCGAGCGACAAGUGCUGUCGGAGCUGAUGAAGGAGAAAGUUCAGCACCGCCGGGCGAGUGAAGACGUCUCAGCCCAUGUCUCCAAGUACAAGCACGUCGAGCAAGUUGACUGGGCAAAAAUGUCGCCCGAGGUGUCAAAGUUCCACGUCGACGCAUCGCUGAAGCUCUCGGUCUUCACCUGCAUCUUGAAGAGCCUGCGGAGAAACUUCUCCAGGGAGCGCGACAAGUACUUGGCGCGCAUGAAGGAGUACCGGGGGAUCUUUCGGCGUUCGAUCCUGUUCCGCGCAAGGAUGCAAGACUUCCUUGACGGGACGGGGAACCAGGACAAGUUCAUGAACCUUGAUAGGUUUGUCGACAAGAACAAGGUGAUCGUGUGGAUGGUGCUGCUCUUUGAGAUUGCUGCUGCUGCUGCUGCUGCUGCUGCUGCUGCUUCUCAGGGGAUGAAGGAAACUUUGAGGUCUAUCAACAAGUCAAUGCCGACACCGCCCGAAUUCAAGGAGACGAUACCGGAAGAGCAAAUGAAGCAAGUCGUCGUCCUCUGCCUCCACCUGCAGUCGCACAAGAAUCUCCUGCUCAAGAUCCUGAUCAAGGUCGCAGCGCUGCCGAAUAGAGAGGUCAUGGAGGCUCUGAACUUGAGGCGAUUUGCGGACUCGAUCUCCAAGGUUGAAGUGGAAGAGAAAGUGGAGGAGGAGGGGGAGGGGGAGGGAGAGGAGGAGGAGCAGCAAGAGAAGUACAUCAGAGUUGGAAUGGAGAGGUAA